AUGCUGCUGCUGCGCCGACAAUUGUCACUGCAGCAGCAGUUGCUGCAGCAACAGCUGCAGCAGCAGCAGAUGCUGCUGCUGCUGAUGCACUCGGGGAGGUGUGUGAGCAAUGCAGCCUCUCCGGGCCAAUCUAACGUCACCAAGCAACAGCAACAGCAGCAGCAGCAGCAGCAGCAGCAGCAUAGGGAGAGAGAACAGCGUCCUCCGCAGUGCCCUCAAGAGCAACGCCAGCAGCAGCAGCAGCAGCAGCAGCAGUCUCUGCAGCAGAAGCUGCAGCAGACUGUGCAGAGUGUGGUCUUUUCAGCUGCUGUGAGGAUCCGCAACCUCAUGCGCAGCAGCAGCAGCAGCAGCAGCAGCAGCAGCAGCAGCAGCUUUGGUGGCUGGUGCAACUCGGGCCUCAUUGAGUGCGCUGCUUCUGGUGCUGCAGCGGAGCAGCUGCUGAAGCAGCAGCAGCAGCCGCAGCAGCAACAGCCGAGCGCCUUGCUGCAGCAGGCUGUCCCCCGGGUUUUGCUGCUGCAUCCGCAGCACGAGCCGAGCUCCAACCCACCACAGCUGCUGCCUCAUAACUACCUGCAGCAGCAGCUGCUGCAACAGCAGCUGCAACAGCAGCAGCAGCAGCAGGGGAUAUGGGGUGCAGCUGGAGACAGAAAAACCCAACGGCGGCAGCAGCAGAAGCAGCAGCAGCAGCAGCAGAAGAUGCUGUCGCGCGCAAAGCCAAGCGUACCUCAUGCUGCUGCUGCUGCUGCUGCUGAUGCUGCUGCUGAUGCUGCAGCAGCUUCAGCAUGCAUACCUUCUCCUUUUGAUAUAGAGAUGCCUUGGGGCCUGGGGCCCAGCGAGCGACUGUAUGCCUACCUCUGCAGUGUCUGCCCCCCAGCAGCAGCAGCAGCAGCAGCAGGAACGCUUUCAAGAGCUGCACUAGCAGCAGUGGAAGCAACAGCAGCGGCAGCUGCUGCUGCUCCUCUCGGGUGUCUGGUGAGGGGCCGCCGCGUGCUUGAUUGUGGCUGCUUCGAAGGUGCUGGGGUAGAGAUGCUGCUGCAGCAGCUGCAUGCAGCAGCAGCAAUAGGGGUAGAUGCCAGCAGCGCAGCAGCAGCAGCAGCGCGCAGCCGGUGCCAGCAGCAUGUUGCUGCAGGGCGUGCAGCGCUGCUGCAGGGGGACCUGUGCAGCAGCAGCGUGCUGCCGCUGCUGCAGCAGCAGCUGCGUCAGAUGCAGCAGCAGCAGCAGCAGCAGCAUGGGGUGGCGGCAAGAGUCUCAGGUCCAACAACAGCAGGAGCUAAACACGAAGGAGCAGCAGCAGCAGCAGGUGCUGCUGCUGCUGCUGCUGCUUCUGCUGCUGGAGAUUUGUUUGAUGUUGCGGUGUCUGUUGAGGUGCUGCCUUCUUCUUUAUCGCGCAGCUCUUUUUUUGCUGUUGUUGCGGAGCUGCUGCGGCCCGGUGGUUUGCUGCUGCUGCUAGACAGACUGGAGGAGCUUACGGGAGCAGCAUAUCCUGCUGUUGAUCUGCAGCAGCUGCAGCAGCUGCUGCAGCUGCAGCAGCAGCAGCAGCAGAAACAGCCACGCGGUCACCAUGGAGUAGAGCAGCACCUGCAGCAGCAGCUGCUGCUGCUGCGCUCGCAACAGCAGCAACAUGCACACCGUCUGCUGCAGCAGCUGAAGGGGACAGGCCUUAGGGUGCUGCUGCUGCAGGACCUUCGGGUGUAUGUGGGGGGGACGCAGCAGCAGCUGCUGCAGCAGCACGGCAGCAGCCCUCUGAUGCUGCUGCAGCGCCCUGCUUUGAAAGCAGCGCAGCAAAAAAUAAGAAGUUACCCCUACCUCCAUCUUGUUGCUGUUAAAGAGCACUAG